AUGUGGAAGCUAUUUCUGCCAGACAAGAAGCGCGACCUCGUGAGUCCGCCGCUGUCCGGACCAAUUGAAGCAGCAUUCCCGUCAGGCAUCAAGCAAUUUUAUGAGAGCCCAGGCACAAGUGAUGUUGAUGUUGUCUUUAUCCACGGUCUCGACGGAAACAGAGAGAAGACAUGGACGGCCAAAGGCGCGGAUGAACCAUGGCCCAAAACACUUCUGCCUUUGGAGUUGCCUUCGGCGCGGAUUCUCACCUUUGGAUAUGAUGCGUAUGCGGCAAAAUGGGAGAAGGGAGGCUCGCAGAAUCGGAUACGGGAUCACGCAUGGAACCUCCUGACUGCUCUGGCGUCGUGCCGGGAGAGCGACGACACACAGAGACGUCCCAUUAUAUUUGUUUGUCACAGCUUGGGGGGAUUGGUCUGCAAGGAUGCUCUGAUUGUAUCGAAAAUGCAAUCAGACUCCCAUUUACAUGAUGUCUAUGAGAAAACGCAUGCUAUUGCUUUUAUGGGUACUCCCCAUCAUGGAUCAGAACUUGCCAUAUGGGCCGAGAGACUACUGAAGUCUGUCAACGUGGUCCAGCGGAGAAACACAGACAUUGUUGGGGUUCUGAAUGAAAAAUCCGAGGUUCUUGAGCGUAUCCAAGAAGAGUUUCUUACAAUAAUUUGGGGAAAAGAAAAAGACGUUUCGAAACAAAUACAGAUCACUUGCUUCCACGAGGAGCUUCCUACAAGCAUCAAGGGUUUCAAUAAGAUCGUAGUAUCCAAGGAAUCAGCUGCUCUUCCUGGCUCUAUAAAAAUUGGGAUCCAUCGAGACCACACGCAGAUGACCAAAUUUUCAGAUCAGGAAGAUCCGGGCUUCAAAGCAGUCUGUGGCGAGCUUCGUCGUUGGGCGACGAGUGCAAAGCCAUUAUACAUGAACGAGCGAUGGGGAGAAGUCGAGAUAGCCCUACGUCUGAAGGAGGGAAUGGAGACCUUCCCCCAGGUAAAAUUCGUUGUGCCGUAUCUGAAAAAUGAAAAGUUUGUCGGGCGCACAGAAAUACUCGAUCAACUGAAAUCAAGACUCAGCUUCAGUGACGACAACCAUGCUUCGCAACGCCGAGUGUCGUUAUUCGGGCUCGGUGGCGUUGGUAAGACGCAAAUUGCUCUGGCCUAUAUUCACUGGGUCAAGGAAACACACCCGGAAGUAUCAGUGAUUUGGGUGCAUGCAAGCAACCCAGAACGCUUCCACCAGAGUUUUUCCAGGAUUGCGGAAGAAUUUCAGAUACCGGGAUACGAAGACCCGAAGAGCAACGUCCUGGUCCUGGUUCAAAAAUGGCUGGAGAAGAAGGAUUGUGGCAAAUGGCUCAUGGUUCUUGACAAUGCUGAUGAUGCUGAGCCAUUUUUUGGGGAGCCAAGUCCUACAGAAUCAAAUCCGCUGAAUACAUCGACCAAUUUAGUCCAAUAUCUCCCAGAAUGCACGCAUGGGACUCUCCUGAUAACAACGAGGAACAAGCAAAUUGGAGUAAAGCUCGCCUCUGGUGAUGGAUCUAGCAUGCUUCAAGUCCAGGAAAUGAAGGCAUCGGAGUCCGAAAGCUUGCUGAAAAAUAGCUUGGCUAAUCUUGCUGCGAACGAAGAGGAAGUAAGAACACUUUCCUCUCGACUGGAGCAGCUCCCGUUAGCAUUAGCCCAAGCCGCGUCGUUCAUUUUGGAGUACAGCAUGAGUAUAGGAGAAUACUUGGAACUUCUCUCGGAGGGUGAUCAGGCCCUCAUUGACCUUCUCAGUCAAGAAUUCGAGACUAUUGCACGAGACAGGGAGAGGUCUCGAGCGGUAGCCAACACGUGGAUGAUAUCAUUCCAGCAGAUCAAGAAACAAAACCCGCUGGCAUCCGAGCUAUUGUCCAUGAUGAGCUUUUUGGACCGUCAAGACAUUACUUUUGAAAUCUUGCAAGAAUACAAUCGCCAGCAACAGGAUGGCUCAAGGCGCAAUAUUGAAUUGAAGAGGUCGAUAGGCAUACUUAAGAACUUCAGCCUGGUAACCGAACAGAAAAAUGGCAGCUUGGAUAUGCAUCGACUAGUUCAAUUAGUCACACGAAACUGGCUAGAUAAAACUGAAGCUAGUGACUGGUUCAGAAGAAAAGCUCUUGUUUGCAUCUCAAACAUAUACCCCUUUGGGGAGUUCAAGAACCGAGAGCUGUGCAGGGCAUAUCUUGCUCAUGCUCUAGCUGUUCUGGGGCUCCAUGUAGCCAACAAGGAUGAAGAGGCAACAUCAAAAGCAAGGUUGUUACGUUGUGUUGGCGAACACUUUUUACGAGAGGGCCAGCACAUUCAUGCGGAGGAAAUAAUCCGUGAGGCCCUUGAAAUCCGCAUGUCUAGUCUUGGAGAGAACCACAAAGACACUAUUGAAACUAUGCAACACCUGACAGAAGCCUUAUACUAUCAACGGCGAUUUAAGGAGGCUGAAAAGCUAGCCCUCCAAGUCCUAGAGGCUAGAAAGACAUCCCUUGGAGAGACUCAUCCAGACACUCUUGAAAGUAUAUCAAACUUGGCAGCAACCUUCUACGAACAAGGGCGAUAUGAGGAGGCUGAAAAGCUCGAGAUUCAAGCCCUAGAGGCUAGCAAGAUAACCCUUGGACAGACUCAUCCAAACGUAUUGCAUUUUAUGGCAAACCUAUCAGCUACCUUCCACAGUCAAGGACGAAUUGAGGAGGCUGAAAAGCUAGGCCUCCAAGCCCUAGAGGCUAGAAAGACAUUCCUUGGAGAGAACCAUCCAAACACUCUUGAAAGUAUGACAAACCUGGUAGCAAUCUUCUACGAACAAGAGCGAUAUGAGGAGGCUAAAAAUCUCGAGACCCAAGCCCUAGAGGCUAGCAAGAUAACCCUUGGAGAGGCUCAUCCGGACACAUUAACUCGCAUGUCAAGCCUAGGCUAUGCGCUGCAUGCCUUGGGACAUCUGGAUGCUGCCUUGGAUCUAAUGGCAACCUGUCUUGAUAAUCGAAAGCGAGUUCUCGGUGAAGACCAUGCUGAUACUUUGCAUUCUGUGAAAACGCUCCAAGAUUGGGCAAUGGAACGGACAAAUGGUAGUACCCCUUGA